AUGGAUUUGAGUAUCGAACUCGGAUUCGAGGAGGGUACGCUGGAAAUUCGGAGCGAAGAUGGGUUUGCGCGAGAAUUUGAGUGUAAGUUGUCGGAGAAAACUCCCAAGCGGUCUUCUGCGACCAUCCGCAAAGAUCUUGCGAAGAAAGCUGCGGCCGAGCUCAGGGCCAAGGCGUCUAAAAUCCAGCAGCUGGAGCUAGAUCUGAAGGCGGCCGACCAGCGGGCAACGGAUGCUGAGACGGCCAAGAAGGGGGCGGAGGAGGCCCAGAAGAAGGCAGACGAGAGCGCCAAGCAGGCUGAUGAGGCGCUCAAGAAGGCCCAGGCGGACCUUGGCAAACUGAAAGCCAAGGUUGAGAGGCUGGAGAAGGAUGCUGCUCAAGCUCUGAAAAACUUUGCAACAACCCUGGAGGCGGAGCAAAACCGCCUUGUUGCUGAUAGUGAUGCUGACAACGACGCCCGUAUGAAGAUUGCUUAG